AUGGUGACGAAGAAGGAAGUCAUCAGCAUCAGAAACACCAUGUAUCACCUGAGAGUGCCUGUGUUUCUCCUGGCAGCGCUUGUCUUGCUCCGCUGCAUCACAGCCGCUCCAAACCACAGGUACUUCAGUUUCGGCUCCUCCGUCGACGACGAACAAGAAAAUGCUCUUAUAGACAAGGAGAGCAGGUCACUGCCUGAGCUAAUCUCCGACCCGUUGCUCGGCCUGAUGGGCGCGCGACCGCCGAGGUGGCUAACAGCAACGAACAGUCAUCAGUUACAGAAAAGAAAGUGCAACACAGCUACCUGUGUGACCCAGAGGUUAGCAGACUUCCUGGUCCGGUCUAGUAACACCAUCGGAACGGUCUACGUCCCGACAAACGUGGGCUCGAGCACCUACGGCAAGAGGGACAUACGUCAGCCUCCCGACUACCUGCCUUUCUAG